UUCGAUGGAAAUGCUGAUGACGAGGGGGAGUGCUCCGAAUUGUUGUUUAUAAAACGAUCAGAUGAUCGGUAUCGAUGCAGAAAUAUGGGAGAUUUUCAAUUAUACAGGCAGUAUGUGGACGAUCUCAGGAUUUAUGCGAGAGAAAAUGGGAUCACAGAAGUUGAAACUGAGAGGAUUUUUGAGGAGUGCUUCAAGGAGUUGGAGAUGAGUCGUGUUAAUAAAUUCCAUGGGGUGUGGAAGGGGGUUAGAGUGGUCAUUGGGGUAGUUUUAAUAACGAUUGCUUGUUUUCUGGGAUUGUACAAUCAUCCGGCAACGCACAGUAUUUUUUUGAGAAAUAUGCAGAGCUUCAUUUAUCCUGGCUUAACAGUAUUUCGACAGAUGGCUGUCCCCAUUAUCAAGAGAUAUCCAGCAUUAACUGAGCUGUACGAUGAAUCCUGCUUGAUAGAAAACCCUUUCUUCAAGGUAGCGGAUAUGGAUUGCUGGCCUUGUAGUACUGUGCAAUCAGUGCCAGAUAUGACGGGCUGGAACAUGACUGAAACCUUUAAUGUUGGAAUACCCUUCGUGAGAGCUGAGAGUGACAGCAAUGCGGAUCUGGAUAGUAUUAUUAAUAUGUACAAAAAUCACUCUGAUAUUUUUAACGUCGACGCCAGAAGAAUCUCCUCGAAUAAUCCUUUUUACAGGACAAUAAAAAAUGUAUUGGAGAAAAGACUUGACGAGAAUCCAUCCGAAUUCCUGGAUACUCAUGUAUCAUGGAGGCUCAAUCGCAUGAGGCCCAGUAGAAUUCUCCGAAAAUUAAUGCCCAAACCGUCAGGGACACCCAUUUGGUGGAGUCAGAGUACAGAGAGGUACUUGUUUAUUGACGAGCCCAAAGCUGGUGAAUAUUCCUUGCCAAAUCCAGAAUGCAGCAAUGUUAUCCUCAGGUCUACGAGAGGCUCAAGACUGAUUAAAAUGACGCCUAGUACUGAGUGCCAACGAAAUUGCAGGACUUUUCUUGUUUUAUUAUCUCCGAGUCGUACUCUGUGGUACAACUGGUGGUACUGGAGACCUAUGAGCCUUCCAGCAAUCAACUCGACUGAAAUCUCAAUUAAUUAUCUCACGUCAUUCUGUUGAAAUCUUGAACGAAAAAAU